AUGGCAGCCCUGGCGGCUGGAUUGUCUAAGAAUCGGGCUACGGCCAAAGGUCUCGGCUCCAACCAGAGAGCCGUGAAAUACUUAGGGCAGGACUUUGAGACCCUGAGGCAACAGUGCCUGGAGUCAGGGAUCCUGUUUAAGGACCCAGAAUUCCCAGCCUGCCCUUCAGCCUUGGGCUACAGGGACCUUGGACCACAUUCCCCACAAACUCAAGGCAUCAUCUGGAAACGGCCCACGGAAUUGUGUCCCAGCCCGCAGUUUAUCAUUGGUGGAGCUACCCGGACGGACAUUUGUCAAGGUGACCUAGGUGACUGCUGGCUUCUGGCGGCCAUUGCCUCCCUCACCUUGAAUGAAGAGCUGCUCUACCGUGUGGUCCCCAAGGACCAGAGCUUCCAGAAGGACUACGCCGGGAUCUUUCACUUCCAGUUCUGGCAGUACGGCGAGUGGGUGGAGGUGGUGGUGGACGACAGACUGCCCACCAAGGACAGGGAGCUGCUCUUCCUGCACUCCGAAGAAGGUAGAGAGUUCUGGAGCGCCCUGCUGGAGAAGGCCUAUGCUAAGCUCAAUGGUUCUUAUGAAGCUCUCGCUGGAGGGUCCACAGUGGAGGGCUUUGAGGAUUUCACGGGAGGCAUCUCUGAGUUUUAUGACCUGAAGAAGCCGCCAGCCAGUCUGUACCAGACCGUUAGGAAGGCCCUUCGGGCUGGGUCUCUGCUUGGCUGCUCCAUUGAUGUCUCCAGUGCUGCUGAAACAGAGGCUGUCACCAGCUGGAAGCUGGUCAAGAGUCACGCGUACUCUGUCACGGGCGCUGAAGAGGUGGAUUUCCGUGGCCAUCCAGAGAAGCUGAUCCGACUCAGGAACCCGUGGGGCAACGUGGAGUGGAUGGGAGCCUGGAGUGAUGACGCGCCAGAGUGGAAUCACAUCGAUCCCAGGUGGAAGGAGGAGCUGGUCAAGAAGGCUGAGGAUGGGGAGUUCUGGAUGUCCUUUACAGAUUUCUUGAGACAGUUCUCUAGAUUGGAGAUUUGCAACUUGUCCCCGGACUCACUGACCAGCGAGGAGGUGCACAAGUGGAACCUGGCCCUAUUCACCGGCCGCUGGGUGCGGGGCUCCACCGCCGGGGGCUGUCAGAACUACCCAGCCACUUACUGGACCAACCCCCAGUUCAAAAUCCACUUGGACGAGGUGGACGAUGGCCAGGAGGAGAGCAGCAGUGAACUCGGCUGUACUGUGCUGCUUGGUCUGAUGCAGAAAAACCGCAGGCGACGGAAGAAGCUAGGGCAAGGCAUGCUGAGCAUCGGCUAUGCUAUCUACCAGGUUCCCAAAGAGCUGGAGGGCCACACUGAUGCACACCUGGGCCGGGACUUCUUCCUGGGCCUCCAGCCUUCUGCCCGCUCCAGCACCUACGUCAACCUGCGGGAGGUCUGUGGCCGGGCCCGGCUGCCCCCGGGGGAGUACUUGGUGGUGCCGUCCACCUUCGAGCCUUUCAAGGACGGCGAGUUCUGCCUGCGGGUGUUCACGGAGAAGAAGGCGGCGGCUCUGGAAGUUGGAGGUGUCGUGGCUGGAGACCCCCAUGAGCCACACCCCAGCGACGUGAAGCAGGACGAUGGCCAGUUCAAGAGCCUGUUUGAGAAGCUGGCAGGGCAGGACUCGGAGAUUAGCGCCAGUGAGCUCAAGGUGGUUCUGAAUGGAGUGUUUUCCAAACGAACAGACAUCAAGUUCGAUGGCUUCAACAUCAACACUUGCAGAGAAAUGAUCAGCCUGUUGGAUAGCAAUGGGACCGGCACCUUGGGACUGACGGAGUUCAAGACACUCUGGCUGAAGAUUAAGAAGUAUCUGGAGAUUUACCUGGAGACUGAUGAUGACCACUCCGGGACCAUCGAUGCCCACGAGAUGAGGACAGCGCUCAACAAGGCAGGCUUCACCCUCAACAACCAGGUGCAGCAGACCAUUGCCCUGAGGUAUGCAAGUAGCAAACUCAGCAUCGACUUUGAUGGCUUCGUCGCUUGCAUGAUCCGCCUGGAGAGCCUCUUCAAAAUGUUCAAACUUCUAGACAAGGACCGAAGUGGCACCGUCCAGCUCUCUCUUGCUGAGUGGCUGUGCUGUGUGGUGGUCUGAGCCAGCGUUUUGGUCACCAGCGACUCUCCGCCUGCCUGCCUGUCUCUCCCCCCUUCUUUAUAAAUUUGUGCCCAUGUAUCCUCCCAGGGCUUGUGUUGAUCACAUCUAUCUGUCUUGCCUAUUGACAUAUUUGGAGAUCCAGGUCUGUCCCAGCAAAGCAUUUUGGGGAAACCUGGGCCUCUUUUUCAGCAGCAAGGGCCCCCCUGAGCUGACCCCAGGACCUGGGGGGAAUGAAAUCCCAUAAAGCCAUUGCCAGAAUGGUCCCUCUUCUCUUGAUUGACAUGCCAUCUGGGGAUUGCCUUGGGUUUUUCAGGCUUUAGGUUCUAGGGCAGCAGUUCUCAACCUUCCUAAUGCCGGGACUUUUCAAUACAGUUCCUCAUGUGUG